CAAACCACUCCUCCCCAGUGUCCCAGUUUAGCUGUAAACGCCCAGUUUUUAGCUCGGGUUUAUAACGUCCUCUGCACUGAUCAAUGCGAGUGUGAAGUACAAGGACAAAGAGGAAAAGGGAUUUGAAAGAUGGUGGGGGUACUUUCAAAAGAGUAUGGGGCUGUGGUGCUGACUGGCACAGCCAGUUUUGUCAUGGUCUGUUACCUUGCUUAUAAAGUUGGAGCAGCACGCAAGAAGUACAAAGUAGAGUACCCUAUUAUGUACAGUGAUGAUCCUGAGACAGGACACUUGUUCAACUGUGUCCAGCGUGCUCAUCAAAAUACACUGGAAGCAUAUCCACCAUUCCUCUUCUUUUUGGCAGUCGGUGGAAUCUGGCGGCCACGACUGGUGACUGCACUCGGAGGAAUUUGGAUAAUUGGAAGAAUUGUUUACGCACAUGGUUAUUACACUGGAGAUCCUAGUAACAGAAUAUAUGGUGGAUUUAGUUCACUGGCUCUCCUGGGACUCAUGGGGACUGCGAUGUCAUGUGGAUUUCACCAACUGGGAUGGUACAAGUCUUGCUGCUAAGCUUAAUUUAUAACCUCGACAAAUGUACACUUGAUUAGCAGAACUAGAGCAUCAGCUUUAUCUCUAAUAGCAGUCACCUGCUUCUGAAGUUUGUACACUGAACCUUUUUAUAAAAUGACAAUAAAGUUCUUGCAUAUGA